UUGUCCCUCGCACUGCUCCGUACUAGUAGGAGUUAUGAUAAGAUCUUGGGCAGAGGUUGUGUUUUGUGCAACACUGGAGUUCGUCCAGCUGAGAAUAAAAGACAAAAGGUAACAGGAGUGCUGCUUGCAAGGUGUACGAACAGGCCCUAGAGCUGCUCCACCUGUCCCAGGCUCCAAGGCAUGAGGAUAUCAGCUCUCCUGACUAACCUGGUUUAGGCACUUCUGUUGGGAACAUCAACAGACUCUAUAAGCAGUGAAUGAUUAGAUCUGAAUAAUCAUGGCAAAUCGCACAUUUGAGCCUUUAGAAGAGAGAACGUUUCAGUAUCAGAAUUCACUACCUCCUCUUCCAGUACCUAAUCUUGAAGAGUCUUUAUCUAAAUACUGUGAUGCAGUAAAACCUUUUUUAAGCCAAGAAGAAUUUGAAAACACAUGCAAAAUUGUAAAACGUUUUGAAAAUGGAAUUGGUAAAGAAUUGCACCAAAAACUUAUUGAAAGGGGAAGAGUCCGAAAGAACUGGCUGGAGGAGUGGUGGCUGAACGCGGCAUACCUUGAUGUGCGUAUGCCCUCUCAACUAAAUGUCAAUUUUGGUGGUCCAGCUUCCUAUCUGGAGCAUUAUUGGCCAUCCAAGAACGGCACCCAGCUAGAGCGAGGAUGCAUAGCUACAUGGUACACAUUGCAAUACUGGGACCUUUUAAGGAGAGAGAAGCUAGAGGUACAGAAGGCAAAGAGCACCCCUCUUGAUAUGCACCAGUUCCACUACAUGUUCAAUACUUGCAAAAUUCCAGGUGUCACUAGAGAUUCUAUUGUCAAUUAUUUUAAAACUGAGAGUGAAGGUAGAUGUCCAUCUCACCUGACCGUAAUGAGCAGAGGAAGAAUAUUCACUUUUGAAGCAGUGCACGAAGGCCAGAUCCUUUCGCCUCCUGAGCUGCUAAGGCAGCUUACGUAUAUUCAGAAUAUAUGCCAAAAUGAACCUAAUGGAAUUGGAUUGUCUUCCUUAACCACGGAAGAGAGAACACGCUGGGCUUUGGCUCGUGAACAUCUUCUGAAUCUUGAUCCAAAGAAUGCAUCCAGUCUGGAAAAAAUUCAGAGCAGUUUGUUUAUUGUGUCUAUUGAUGAUUCGAGUCCUCUGGGAACAGCAGACGAUUAUAGCCAGAUUACAAAACUGGCGCUUACUGGAGAUCCAACUGUACGUUGGGGAGACAAGUCGUACAACUUCAUUAUGUGGCAAAAUGGGGUGUUUGGAUCCAACUGUGAUCACGCACCAUACGAUGCCAUGGUACUGGUAUCCAUGUGUGAUUACAUUGAUCAAAACAUCAUAGCGUGUGAAGGUCGCUGGAAGGGUUCCACUGCUGUUAGAGAUUUCCCCCAUCCUGAAGAAGUUACUUUCACCGUGGAUGAAAAAGUACUGCGGGACAUUGCUCUUGCUAAAGCUCAGUAUUUGGAACAGGGUUCUGAUUUGCAGGUAGCUAACUACGCAUUUACAGAUUUUGGAAAGAACCUCGUUAAGAGGAAGAAACUUCACCCAGAUACCUUUAUCCAGCUUUCUCUUCAGCUGGCCUAUUACAAGCUUUAUGGCCGCCCCGGUAGCUGCUAUGAAACCGCGUCUACACGGGUUUACUAUCAUGCCCGUACAGAGACUAUGAGGCCGUGCACCGAGGAAGCCAUGGAAUGGUGUCGCUCCAUGGUAGACCCAAAUGCCACUCUUGGUCAACGUCAAGAACUAAUGCUGAAAGCAUUUGCUAAACACAAUAAGAUGAUGAAGGAAUGCCAGGAUGGGAAAGGGUUUGACCGUCACCUUUUAGGUCUUCUUCUUCUUGCAAAAGAGGGGGGUCUGCCUGUUCCAGAGCUCUUCAAUGACCCAGCCUUUACAAAAAGUGGAGGCGGGGGAAAUUUCAUACUUUCUACCAGUUGUGUUGGCUAUACACGUGUACACGGAGCUGUUGUUCCCAUGAUACAUGAUGGAUACGGGUUCUUCUACAGAAUCCGUGAUGACAGGUUUGUGGUGGCCUGCACGUCUUGGAAGUCCAGCCCAGAUACUGAUGCUGAAAAGCUUUGCCGGACAGUGUUUAAAAACUUCCACGAGAUGAUCCAACUGACAGUCAAGGGGCAGUUGUAGAAAGUCAGGGUUUCAGGAUUUCCUUCCUUUUCCACAUAUAAUGUACUUGUUGAGGGCUAGCUUUGGUUUAUCUACCCAUUUUAAGCACUGUACAAUAUGCUACUGCUUUGUAAGUAAAAUAAUGUCAUAACAAUCUGUUUUUUAGAGACCCUUUGCUGACAUGGAAUGUCGUAUUUAUUUAUUUAUUAAGUAAGCAGGAAUUCCAUCUGGACAUCUGGUCUACAUGGCCAGAUUAUCAUGGCAUUUGGAAUGUGAUGGGUCCUCAAGGGGUUAGUAGCCAUAUGUUUACAGUUUUUAAUAAAACAAUACAUUUAUACAAAUCCAAGCUACCUUUAUCACCACAGCAUACCUGGGACAUUUCAGAAUGUUGAAGCUCUGAGAUACUUGAAUAUGUUAUAUCUAACACUCAUUCUAUAGACUGAGCUUCCUUCGUUUAAACAUGACCACUUCAACCACUCUGAUAAACCAACUGUGGUCUUAGUGAAACCAAUGACUGACUUACCUGUGUAUAGGUCUUUUGUUAUGAGGAUCCAACACUUGGUGGUGUGAUACAUAGAAUGAGCUUAUUCUUAAUGAGAUUAGAUUGAGAGAUCCCAGGUAUGCAUACAAAUACAAAUACAAACACGAACAAACUGAUAGACAGCUUCAUUGUUGUAUUGCACUACCACCUUCCCAAUUUCUGAUCUGCAUCAGAACCCUCACCACCCACCUUUUAAUUUUAUUUUAAUCUCCACGUACUAGUUUGCUUUUUGCACAUAGUGAGGAUCUGCUAUUUUCCCAAUUUUUACAUUAUACAGAGCAGCAUGCUUGAUAACCCGUUGUUUAACAUCCCAAAGAAUGAGAACUGAUAUUAUGUACUAGAAAGUAAAAUGAUCUAGAUGUUCGUUAAAGCUACCAUAUUAACUGCUUGUCACAAGAUGCUAUGAAGCUAAACAUUAAGUUGGUGACCGGUCCAGUUUCAGUGCAGUGGUUGCUAUGACAACAUCAUCUACACAAUGAAGCUUGCUCUAUCUGUACUUUGCCGUAGCAAUGCAAUCUAAAAGAGCCACUAUUUGUGAUUAAAUCAAUGCAGUAUACACAAUGCAAAAACAAUGCAAACUCACUUCACUUAUGUCAUCCAAGCGCAUACAACACAUUUUAAUUAAGCUAUAAUUAUAUAGAGUUAGAUUACUGUGUGAAUGAUAAUUGAGAAAUCAUUAGAUGAUGAUUGAGGAGUUUGAGGAACUGGAACCCAGAUUUGCCAAUGAUUGGAGUGCUGAAGGGGAUACAAUGAAUUUGAAUUUAUUUGUUCUUAUUACUAAUGUUUCUGCUUUUCUUCAGCCGUAGCCAACAGCCAUUUAGUACUUGCUUUACUAGAAAUUUGAUUCUACACUGCAGGUAUGAUCUCAUUAUAAUACAACUAAAGUGGAGUGUUUUUCGUUAUCCGUUUGUCCCCUAUAAUAGAAAUUGCAUAGUGUGUAGAGUAUUGCUGAAGACAACUGAACAUCCCAGGAAAGUCAAGAGAUGCUUGUUUUCCCCCUGAUCUUAGAAUGUAGUAUUUACACUGCACCUAGAGGGUUCUGGGUAGGCAUAUGUAAAUGAUGGCUUCAUCGAUCACCUAUAACUUCUUUAUCCACUUUACACAUGGACCUUCCUGUGUAUGUUGCUGUUCUAGACAGCUAUUGAUACAAACUUUAAGUUGUAGCCUUAGAGUGUUUUAGAAGCUAACAUGACCCCUUUCUCAUAUGUUUAAGCAAAAGUGCAUCUUCCAUGGGAGGAAGAAAGAAACCGUUAAAUUAAAUAGAAUCAAGUUUCAUCAUUAUUUUUGGCGUUUAUGUAGCGCCAACUUAUUGUGCAGGGCUUUAUAAUAAUAUGGCACAACGUCUCAUUGUACCAGCUCAAUUGCAACCAAACAUAUGGAACUUGCUAAAAUCCUAAAGAGACUUCUCCCACUGACCGGCCAAUAAUUCCGUUUAUUAGACUGCACGGUCAUUGGCAUAGAAACCUACUGUAUUCGUCAUGCUUAUUGGCAGAACACGCUCUGCUGGGAGAUUUCUCUGUGUGACUGUUUAAGUUGACCAGGAAGUAGAAGCACAUGUAAUGCCUACUGAGAUGUAAAAACAACGCUAUCAAUAGUGUGCUGGGGGGUUUUCACUUUUAGACAUAUGGGGGGGGGGGAAGGGGGACAAAACCGGUUUAAUAAAAAGUCUGCAUUGUACUGUUCACAGCAGGAAGACAAACAUAAAGAUAUAAAAUAAUUUCUGGCAUGACUGGUGCCCUUCAAAGUGGAUACAGAGGUUACAAUUCAUUGUGUGCCUCAUUUGCAUAACACUGCCCAAAAACCUUAGCAGCAAUAUUAACAUUAUAUGGGAAAAACAGGAAUGCCGAAUUACUGUUUGUGAGCUCAUUGUAUAUAGGAGGUUUUCCGUUUCUUUUUACUUCACACAAUCUUUUGAAUUUGUUAUGUAGUAGGAUGCUAAAGCAGCUGUUCUACACAGUGUACUACGGCAGCACUUGUUAUAAAUAUUAGGUGCCUUAAGAGAGGGUUGAACUGUGUUUGCAUUGUCCCAGUUUGAUGCAGGGCUCCUCUGAUAAUAGUGAAUGUAAUUAUUCUAUGCUGCCACUAGAUGUCCUCUUUUUCUCAUCAGACAUGCUCAAGCAGGAUUUAUUUUUCUAGCAAAUAGGAGGCCAGGACUUGGCUGGUUGUAUCUCCAGCUGUUGUAGACUUUUAAAUUGGCAAAGAAUCAUGGAAGUGCUGUUCUACAACAUCUGGUGAUCUAUCGCCUGCCCUCCCCUGAAAUGGAAAGGGAUGAGAUCAAUAUUCUCAUUUGUAAAACCACAACAUAGUCUGCAGCGUUGUGAAUUGAGUGGACAACACAUAAAAGCAAAUUCAACAAGGCCAGUCUGACUUCAAAGAACAUGACGUGGUGAGGGCUCCUGCUCAAUCCAGUUUACAAUGUCUGGAAUCUCAGGAAUUACAUUGUAGCUUCUACCAAUGCUUUAGAUACUGGUGCCUCACUCACAUCCAAAGUGUACAAACAUCCAUGCACAUACUUGAUUCCAAAAUUGACAUCAAAAACAGC